GAGUACUGUAGAGUAUCAUAGAGUACUGCAUGGAGGAGCCGAGCAGAGUGAUGGAGGCUCAGAGGUCAGAGGCGAGCGGCAUCCCAGCAUCCUCGCUGAUUGGUGAAGAGAUGACGGCCAUCUUGGAUUGUAGCGGGGAAGAAAGAUUGAUGCGGUGACACGCGGGAUGUUUGGUGCUAACCGAAAGAAGUUUAUGGAGGGAGGGAUAGAGAGCGAGUACGCGGACGACUCCAGCCUCUACUACACCCAACAGUCCAUGUUCCCUCCACACCGCCCGGACAAAGACAUGCUGACGUCUUCCUCUGCUUCCUCAACGGGUCAACUGUCCCAGCUAGGAGCCAGCCUGUAUGGCCCGCAGAGUGCUCUGGGGUUUCCCAUGCGUGGUAUGAACAGCAGCGCGGCGCCUCAGCUGAGUCGGAGUGGGCUGAACCAGUCCGGCAGCCAGCUGCCCAGCCACGCCAGUACAGCCAACACCGGCACGAUGCACACGCCCCCCUCCCCCAGCAGGUACCCCACACCCUGGGAAUGGGCAUCUACCUUGUGUCUCUGUUUGUGUGUCAGUAUGUCGGGGUUCGGUGUGAACAGGAAUCCAGGCUACAACAUGAACAACUCCUUACCCAACAACAUCUUCAACGGCACAGACGGCAGUGAGAAUGUGACGGGGUUGGACCUGUCGGACUUCCCAGCGCUGGCAGACAGGAGUCGGAGGGACGGAGGCUCGAAUCCCACCCCGCUGCUCAACCCGCUGGCCGGUCGGGCUCCGUACGUUGGCAUGGUGACCAAGCCGUCCAGUGAGCAGUCGCAGGACUUCUCCAUUCACAACGAAGACUUCCCAGCUCUCCCCGGUCCGAACUACCAAACAAAAGACCCCACCAGCACCAACGAGGACAGCAAAACGAAUCUGAACUCAUCGGGAAAGCCCGCCUCCAACUCAGAUGGUCCAAAGUUCCCCGGAGACAAGAGCUCUGCGCCUAGCAACAACAACCAGCAGAAGAAAGGGAUUCAGGUGCUCCCCGACGGGCGUGUGACCAACAUCCCAAUCGGCAUGGUAACGGACCAGUUCGGGAUGAUCGGCUUGUUGACGUUCAUCCGGGCGGCGGAGACGGACCCCGGCAUGGUCCACUUAGCGCUGGGCUCCGACCUCACCACGCUCGGCCUCAACCUCAACUCACCGGAGAACCUCUAUCCUAAGUUUGCGUCUCCGUGGGCGUCGGCCCCGUGUCGACCGCAGGACAUAGACUUCCACGUCCCCUCAGAGUAUUUAACCAACAUCCACAUAAGGGACAAGUUAGCAGCCAUCAAGUUGUCUCGGUAUGGGGAAGACCUGCUGUUCUAUCUCUACUAUAUGAACGGAGGAGACCUACUACAACUCCUGGCUGCAGUAGAACUCUUUAACAGGGACUGGAGGUACCAUAAAGAGGAGCGGGUCUGGAUCACCCGGGCUCCGGGGAUGGAGCCCACGCUGAAGACCAACGCCUACGAGAGAGGGACCUACUACUUCUUCGACUGCCUCAACUGGAGGAAAGUGGCCAAGGAGUUUCAUCUGGAGUACGACAAACUAGAAGAGCGACCUCACGUUCCCUCCACGUUCAACUACAAUCCUGCCCAGCAGGCCUUCUGAUUGGCUCUACCUCCUCCUGCCCGCCUGCCAUUGGCCCUCCUGGCUCGCCAGUCAUCGCCCCUCUAGGUUUUACUUUACACACUCAAACGC